AUGAAUACUAUAAGAUCGUCAGUUUCUCGUUUGCCCGCCUUUCUCCGCAAGAAGCCACUUCCAUUGCCAUCACCUGGGCCACGUCUACCGCCCGGCAUACUCGUCGAUGAAGAGAUCGCGCCAGUAUACAAUGCCAAGCACUUCUACCCAGCAAGGCCUGGAGAGGUCCUUGCCAAUCAUUACCAAGCCUUGGUAAAGGUGGGCUGGGGCGUAUCUUCAACAAUAUGGCUGGCGCGUGAUUUGGAAGAACAUAUCGAUGAGCCAGAGAGCAUAGUGACACUGAAGAUAGCAAAUAAUAAUGCGAGCCUCACUGCUAAUGAGCGUGAGGUUGAGGACCACAUCUCCACGGCAGAUCCAUCACAUCGGGGUCGUUUGCUUAUGCGGACCUUACUAGACUCUUUUGAAGUUGAGGGCGCAGAAGGUACUCAUUCGUGUCUUGUGUAUCCACUGAUGAGGGAGUCAUUAUCGAUGUACCAGCAGCGCUUUGAUCACAAAAAGUUGCCACUGCCUCUUGUCAAGACAUAUAUUCGUGCGCUUCUUACGGGUCUUGAUUAUCUUCAUAAGAGUUGCAGGACAGUUCAUACAGACCUAAAGCUUGAUAAUAUCAUGCUCUCAUUCGAGGAUCCAAUGGUGCUUGCCGAGUUUAUGGAAACGCAGCUUGAAAAACCAAUGGCAUUCAAACUCGAUUCGACAGGACGGCCAGUAUACCAGUCCCGUAAUGACUUCGGGCCACUCAAAAGCCUGAGGAGUAUUCCGCAGCUGGUUGACUUUGGCCUCGCAACUAAACUUGAGGAAAACGACGACUGGGGCGUCUGGCCUAUUCAGCCAGACCACUAUCGGGCACCAGAGGUGAUAUUGGGUAUUGGAUGGCAAAUGCCUGCAGAUAUCUGGAACCUUGGUGUUCUACUAUGGGAUUUGAUCGAAGGCAAAGAGCUAUUCCAGCAUAUUCAUGAUAAACAAGGUCGCUACGAUGCUAAACUACAUAUGGCUGAGAUGGUGGCCUUACUCGGUCCACCCCCUCCAGAGGUCAUGCAACGGUAUCAAUACAUGCGAGAAUACCCGUGGCCGGAACCUGUUAGACGAGAAGACGACAGACUAUGUGAGACCGCGGAGGAGUACUUCGAUGGGCCAUUUUUUGACACUAACGGUCGCUUUCUAUACGAAGACCUGAUUCCCAACCGAACAUUAGGCGACGCAGUUUCCUUUCUCGAGGGAGAGGAGAGGGAAAAUUUCUUGGACCUCGUCAGUAAAAUGCUAAUUUGGCACCCAAAUAGGAGGAAAACGGCAGGCGAACUGGCGGAACAUCCUUUCCUUCAACCCAAGCAAUCGCAUACUUGA